AUGAAUUGUAAGGUGAUAGCUUGAAAUUUAAUUGUAAUUUAAAUUAAAAGGAUGGAACGGAAUGAAGGUCAUAUCAUCUCAAUCAAUUGGCCAUCUCCUUAUUUGCACAUAUGGCUUUGAAUAUUCAAAAAAUUAUUUUAUAUUACCUUUCUGAUGACUUUCAUCAAUAUUCAAAAUUCUUUGAAUGCGAUUUAGAAACAUUGAAUUUAUAUUUUUUUUUGGAACUAGAACCUGCAGUUUAGAUAAAGAGGCUCAGAUUUCACUUUACUUUGUCAUUUUUGGAAAAUUUGAAGCAUUGCAAAAAUAAAAAAAGCAGUAAAAGAGUUGAAAGCCACUUUGUUUAAAAGAGAGUUUUUUACAACUCGAAGGAUGGCCCGGACAGUUCGAAAAAACGACCAACUUAGAAUCUUUUGAUAUUUUGCGUAAUUGUUGUACUGUGAUAGCUGAACGUCAGCGUGAAUUUUUAGUUUCUGAAACUACCGUAUACGGGGGUUACGGUAGGUACAAUUUUCACAAAGAUUGGGUUCGUGUGUAAAAACCCCGAGGGGUAAAAGCACAAAACCUUGCUGUUUUACGUUUUUGACCAUGGGGAACAUUUUCAUAAUUGACAACUUUACCGUUGGAUGUUGCCUUCGACUACUUUGAAAAAUACCAAAGUACCGUAUUGAAUGUAACUUUUCGGCAUUCUACUUGUCUCAACUUUUGAAACCUCUCAAAAAUACUUUGACAUGUGUGUAACAACAUACCAAAAAUGCGCGAAAAUAAAAGGGGUGGUUUUGGAGUUACGGUACUUUGAAGGCAGCCGGUACGGUAUUUCAAAAAAUCAUUUUUUUCAAAACUGGUGUGGAAGACCCGCAAACCUUGCAAAAAUACGUUUUCGACCAUGGCGAACAUUUUUGUAAUUGACACUUUUUUUGUAGGAUGCGGCCUUCGACCGCUAUGAGAAAUGUCAAGAUACCAUGAUCAAUAUAACUUUGCGGCAUUAUACUUGUCUCAACUUUUGAAACCUCUCAAAUAUACCUUGACAUGUAUGCAACAACAUAUCAAAAAUGCACGAAAAUAAAAGGGGUGGUUUUGGAGUUUCGGUACUUUGAAGGCAGCCGGUACCGUAUAUCAAAAUUUCAUUUUUUCUAUACGUUUUCGAACCUCGCGAACAUUUUUGUAAUUGACACUUUUUUCGUAGGAUGCGGCCUUCGACCGCUAUGAGAAAUGUCAAGAUACCAUGAUCAAUAUAACUUUCCGGCAUUCAACUUGUCUCAACUUUUGAAACCUUUUAGAAACUCCUUGACAUAUGUGUAACAACAUAUCAAAAAUUUAGGAAAAUAAAAGGGGUGGUUUUGGAGUUAUGGUACUUUGAAUUUUGGACAUACAGUACACCUCGAUUUAUACUCGGCUCAACUUUACGUAGAUUGUCUUAAAAACAAAAUGUAAUGUUCUAUGUAUGUUGUGCGACCCUCAAAAACUAUUUUCACCAGGAAACUCAGAAAAUUUUGGCGUAAGCAUACUGUAACAUAUCGUGCGCAGAUAAUUGGUUACUGUAACAGCAAGAUCAGCGAUUUGUUAAAUGUUUUGUACUGAUUACCACGGUGUAGAGUCGUGUGUGCCAUACGAGAGUAAAAUCUUCCAAAUUCGGACAUCAGCAUCACAACAAAAGUUCGGUGUACUGUAUGAUCAAGAUUAAAAGUACCAUAACUCCAAAACCACCCCUUUUAUUUUCCUAAAUUUUUGAUAUGUUGUUACACAUAUGUCAAGGGGUUUCUAAAAGGUUUCAAAAGUUGAGACAAGUUGAAUGCCGGAAAGUUAUAUUGAUCAUGGUAUCUUGACAUUUCUCAUAGCGGUCGAAGGCCGCAUCCUACGAAAAAAGUGUCAAUUACAAAAAUGUUCGCGAGGUUCGAAAACGUAUAGAAAAAAUGAAAUUUUGAUAUACGGUACCGGCUGCCUUCAAAGUACCGAAACUCCAAAACCACCCCUUUUAUUUUCGUGCAUUUUUGAUAUGUUGUUGCAUACAUGUCAAGGUAUAUUUGAGAGGUUUCAAAAGUUGAGACAAGUAGAAUGCUGCAAAGUUAUAUUGAUCAUGGUAUCUUGACAUUUCUCAUAGCGGUCGAAGGCCGCAUCCUACAAAAAAAGUGUCAAUUACAAAAAUGUUCGUCAUGGUCGAAAACGUAUUUUUGCAAGGUUUGCGGGUCUUCCACACCGGUUUUGAAAAAAAUGAUUUUUUGAAAUACCGUACCGGCUGCCUUCAAAGUACCGUAACUCCAAAACCACCCCUUUAUUUUCGCGCAUUUUUGGUAUGUUGUUACACACAUGUCAAAGUAUUUUUGAGAGGUUUCAAAAGUUGAGACAAGUAGAAUGCCGAAAAGUUACAUUCAAUACGGUACUUUGGUAUUUUUCAAAGUAGUCGAAGGCAACAUCCAACGGUAAAGUUGUCAAUUAUGAAAAUGUUCCCCAUGGUCAAAAACGUAAAACAGCAAGGUUUUGUGCUUUUACCCCUCGGGGUUUUUACACACGAACCCAAUCUUUGUGAAAAUUGUACCUACCGUAACCCCCGUAUACGGUCGUUUCAGAAACUAAAAAUUCACGCUGACGUUCAGCUAUCACAGUGCAACAACUAUGCAAAAUAUCAAAAGAUUCUGAGUUGGUCGUUUUUUCGAAAUGUCCGGCCCUUGUUAUGAGAAGCUUCAAUCUGUAAAAAACUCUCUUUUAACAGGGGAAGUACUUCAAGUGUGACGCUCAGAUUUUCUUUAAAUUUUGCACACACAUCGGGUAUGGACUAAAUAUCAAUUCCUGAAAGUUUUAGCUCGCGCUUUGCGGGCGCCGCCGAGAUAUUGAACGAUUUUUGCCGCCGAGAGAGCACGCUCAACGUGGAGAGCGGUCAGAGAGAAAACCGCUUUUUGGCCAUAACUUUGGCAGUUUCGUGCGGAAAAAUUUGAUUUUUUGUAGAAACAUUAUUCUUUACGGUUGAAAUAGGCAUGAAACUUUUCGUGCCGAAAUUCGGCAAAAAGUCCCAAAUUUUCGCCGACUUUCGAUCUAAAAAUCUCGGUUGUUUCUGCAAAGCGCGAGCUAGGAUUCCCGCAUAUAUCUUAGAAAAAAUUAUUCUAAAUUUGUGCCAAGUUUCAUCAAAAUCUGAGCGUCACACUUCAAGUACUUCCCUUGUAAAUAAAAACCUAAAGUUUGCAGUUCCAAAAGGCUACACAAUAUAUUUAUUCACGGAAUAAAAAAUACGUUAAUCCUUUUCUUCAAAGGCCAUGAACUAUACUUACCCAAAUAAUUGGAUUAAAAAAUGACAUUGCAACUUUAAUUUACAACGGAUAAUUAAAUUGUAAUGAGCGCUGAUUUUGCUUGGCUUUCUCUUUAUUCGAUUACUUUUUUAAUAAUCUUUUUCUCAAACACUAUUUUGGAGCUCUUCUUUUUCUUAUCAAUUUCGAUUUUGAACAAAAAAAAAUUAAUUUUUAAAAUCAUUUUUUAGUAAAGCAAUUUCCAUUGACAGCGUCAUUUCUUUACAUAUUUGCCGAUGUAUUUUGAAGAAAAAUGGAACACUCUGAUGUCUGAGACAGCCUAUCUUCGGAUAAUUACAUAUUUCUUCGGAGUUCACAAUAUUUUUCUCCCUCGAACACUUUGUUGGAUGUCUAAAAUAAAUAAAUAUAAGGAAAGUGUUGAGGAUUCCGAAGUAAACAAGUAGAUUUGCUCACCGCCGACUUUGAAUUUAUUAUUCUCAGCGUUUUAAUUGUUUUUUACCAUUGCUUUUUAUCCCUUUUUAUUCAGAAAACUCAACUAAACUUUUGACGUCGUCAUCAGAGUCAGGGAAUAAACAUGUUUUACUUAUCAGCUGUAGUAGCCUUUGAGGCCUUUUCUUGUGGUAUCAAUGUAAUAUCAAGGUGAUUUGUUUUCAUGACCCUCAGACAUUUUUUGUUUUUCGUUUCUUCGGGACUCAAAAGCAGCGGGGAAGUUGACAAAUUUUUAGAUUUAUUUGACACCACAUAAGUCGUAUUUUGAUCUUACUGUAGAAGCAUUAUAGCUUUGUGAUGAGGCCACCACACCCCCCCCCCCAGUUACCGUAUCCCGUGAAUUCUCUGACGUAACUUUAUAUCAUUUGUAUUCCUUCUUUCUUUCCAGUUCUUGAACUUCAAAAUUUAAAUGAAUCCUUUAUUAUUUAUUUCUUAAUUCGUUUUUCUCUUUUUCCCUGCCACACUCUCUAAUUUCCGCUCUUUUUUCUCUCUCUCUGCACUCUCAUUUCUACACACUCUCUCUUUCUCGGUAAUUGUUUUUCUUCUAUUUUUGUCAACGUAAACCCGCCCUUCUGUCCAUGAAUUUCUGCGUGGCCAAGACCUUCUUUGUCUCUAAAAUAUAAUAUCUUAUUUUAAUGUGCUGGUAGCCGUUCUUGGCUUAGGAAAGUCAGUCCGUUUCGGGGUUUUUUAAUGUUUUGAUUUCUGCUGCAAAAACAAAUUCUUCUGGGGGCUUUCGAUUUCGGAGGCCUGAAAGGGGGGAGGGGGUUGUUUUCGACUUCGGGUCACGUUUUUCCGUGUGGAGGCCUCGGCGGAACGGAGAGAAAACACCAGCCGGACGAGGAGAGAAUGCACUUUGAUAGCCUCAAUCAUCUGUAAACAUCCCGGAGCAUGGAGCACUGAUUUCUAGCCGUUCGGGGGACGCCGUCGGAGACCCUUCUCAAGGUUUCACGGUUUGGAAAUGCCAGUCUGGAUAUAAACAACCACAUCGAGCCGGUUCUUUUUUAGCUUUUAAAGGACAUGUUUUCGUUUUUGCGAGCUCGAGGCGUUCUCCAAAUUCCCCUUUGGCAAUUUCUUUCUUUCUUGCAAAAACCCAGUAGCAGAUCGUGUUUUCUCUUGUUUUCGUCGUUCUGUUUUGAUCUCCCGCAAUCGGGUACUCUUCUCUAAUGUCAUGGGUUACAAUCUUUUAUCACUCUCUCAGUCUUUGAAAAUUAAUUUCAGGGGAACUAGCGAAAACAAGAGAAUUCUUGUUGCACGUGCCUGCUGUUCUUUUAUUUCUUUUCCUUUCCAGUAUCGCAUCCAAUCACGUUGUCGCUAGCCAUCUCCGACUCCGCCAAUACCUCGCACUCUCCGCGGCCGGCCGCUAAGCUGAAGGCAUUCUGGUCGCGGCUGAGGCCCCGUCGCCGUUCGUCCGAUCCCCGGCCCUGCAGCCCCGAACCCUCGACAUCACGGCCCACUUCCGGGGCCACCUCCGGCACCGAGCCUUCUGAAGAUUCGUCCGAAGCCAGUCGCUCCACCUUCGGAGGUUCUCCGCCCGAGGUCGGUGUGGACGUGAUCGAAGGGAUGAUGGGGACUCUCUCUGCCCGCAUGGAUCCCCUCGACGAGAUUACGGUAGUCGGGCACAAACGGAGUAUUUGUGGGGUCCCUGAGAACGAGCCGCUUCGAGAUCUCAGUUCUUCGAGUGCUACGACCACCGAUUCGGCUGUCUCGAGCACCGGGGAUCCACAAUCCAGAAGAUCUUCUUCUGGAUUCCAGGCCGAGAUUCGACCGAGGAGAUCUACAAUUAAUUCCAGAGUGGGUAUUCUGUGUUUAUAAUCAUCGGAGCUGCUCUUUUCUAAUGUUAUGUCUCCUGCAGAUGCCAGUUUCCAAACCGAGACCCAUGAUGAAGAUGACACUGCCCACACCAGAUGACUUGUCCUGGAGAAAAAUAAGUACCGAUUCCCAAUUCGAUGACGAGCAUUUCUCGGACGAUGACUUCGAGACUUGUGGAAUCAGUGGAAGACGAAUGUCCGUGGAUGAGAGAACCCUCAGGAAAGCCGUAAGUCGGACCUUCACCCCUCAUCUUCACCUUGUUCUUCAGAAUUACGCCAUUUUGCGUAAGAACGUGGACAGAUCGUUCGAGAUCGUUGGAGCAUUCAGUAAGUUCAGUCCCAUAAAGGCAGUCAACGGAAGACAUUCGUUUUGAAAAAUGGAGUUUAACUUUUUGCUUUCCCGUUACGAUCUGUAGACAUAUGACCUUUAUCAACAUUCCCCAUGCCCGAAAACAUCUGCUUAUCAUUGACAACUGAUUGAAUAUCCGCUUUCUGAGACAAAUACUUUCAGAAAAACAUCAGAGAUCGGCCUACAAGAACUACUUGCAAUCCUUCACUGCAUAUGACAUUACACCCAGCCAUGGAAUCUUAUUUACCAUCGACUCGGGGUUAACUAUCAGGAAAACAAUUCAUGCGAUGUGCGCUCAGUCAACCACUCAUCGGGCUGCAAUGGUCAGCAAUCAAGGUAAUCUUUGCAAACAAGACUACUCGUUAACCGUAACAAGGUCCGCUCCAUUUGCACUUACUUAUUACACAAAAAAGAAAAGAUUGUUGCAUACCGGUUUAAAGCAGCCAGUAUUACAGAAACUACUUUCAGAUGGGAGUUACAAUAUCUUCACCAUAUCCGACUUUUUGUUUUGUUUGCAAAAAAGAAAGAGCGAUCCGGAUCUGGGGGACCAAACGGUGGCCAAGUUCUCCGAAACAAUCCAAUCUAACAAAAGACUGGUGACAGCCAGUUCAGAGAUCUCGUAAGACCAGAAACAAACUACAUUACACCAUUACAGAGUCUGGGAUUUGGCUCGGCAAUUCCGAAUCAAUCACGUCCACAGGAUCCCCAUAAUGGAGGUGAAAGGGAUUCUGAGAACGAACGAACUUUUCUGUCUUCUCUCUCUGCGGCCCGUCUUCUUGGAGAUCAUCAAACUAGUCCAGACUAAGUGCUGUCUCUCUCCCAAUCUCGCCAAAAUCACUCUGGAUGAGGUCAAAUUGGGAAAAUGGAGUGGAUUAGCCACGGUAUGUGGAUGAAUCAUCGUGUAAUAUAAUCAAUAUUGUUAUUGAUUGUAGAUCCCGGAAGACACAAAAUGUUCGGACGCCAUCGACAUUAUCCUGGAAAAGAAGGUGGCCUGCCUUCCCUUGUUAGACUCAACUGAUACGAUCAGUGGGGUCUUCUGCAAAUACGAUGUUCUGGCAGCCGUUGCCGAGAAAGGGGAAGAUGGAAUAGACGAGAUUCUCGAAAUGAAAGUAAAGGUAGGGAAUGGGCUUUGAUCCCUUGAAAACACAUUACAGUGUAAUGUCUACAACUGAAAUAGUGAUCGUAUCUUUCAGGAUCUGAUUGAUCCCACAAAUUUGGAUAUGCUAAUUGAGCCGAAUGAGUCCAUCUUCUCUGCAAUUCUUCGUCUGACGGCCUCUCAGCAUCAAUGUGUUCUUAUUUGUCGGGCCAAUCGGUUGUUAGGAGUAGUUUCAUAUGCAGAUAUUAUUGACUUCUUGGCCAAUUCCGACAGGAUUAGUGGGGACAAUUAG